AUGCCAUUUUUACACAAUCAUAAGAAACCCAAAGUGUGGUGGGUAUCUGCAUAUGCUGCUACCAAAAAAACGGGAUUACAAAAUACGGUUUAUACAGUUUCUCGAGAUGUAUAUGUUGGUGAAUGGGCCAAUAAUGUUUAUCAAGGAAAAGGGCGUUUGAUUACAAAUCAUGGUACAAAAGUAUAUGAAGGUGAUUUUAAUAAUCAUAUUCGCGAGGGUUAUGGCACUUAUGCGAAAUUGGCCAAAGAUAAAAUAUCACAUCAAUUAUAUUAUGUGGGUGAAUGGAAAAAUAAUAAGUUUCAUGGUAAUGGUACUAAAUAUUAUUACAAUGAUGAUGGGACUAGUUCUAUGUAUAUUGGAAAUUUUGUAAAAGGGAAACGUAGCGGUUAUGGUAGAAUGUGGUAUGCAGAUUGUUCAUAUUACGAUGGGGAUUGGGAGAAUGAUUUAUAUAAUGGCUUUGGAAUGUUUGUUCAAACCAAUGGCAACAGGUACGAAGGGGAAUUUAAAGCAGGUUUGAAACAUGGGAAGGGUCGAUUUUAUCAUUUAAAUGUUGGUCAAUUACAAGAAGGGUUAUGGAUAGAUGAUAUGUGUAAAGUCAGUACCAUAAUUAUAAUUCCAUUUAGACAGUCAGCUUUAAAUCCAACGGAAUACCCAAUACCACCGGUUAAAUUAGUUGAUCCAGAAGAUAUCAUCAAAAAAUCAAUGGAAGAGCAUCAAAAACAUAAAUAA